AUGUACUCAGGAGUGUUCACACAGAUCUUGAAAGAGGAGAGAGGACUGUAUCAGAACAAAGUGUUCUGUUUCAUCCAUCUGAGUGUUCAGGAGUUUCUGGCUGCUCUUUAUGUCAACCUAACCUUCAUUAACUCUGGCAUCAACCUGGUAGAAGACAAACAAACAGCAUCCAAGUGGUCUAAAUUAUUUAGGAAGAAAAAUAAUUCAAAAUAUCUCCACAGGAGUGCUGUGGAUAAGGCCUUAGAGAGUCCAAAUGGGCACCUGGACCUCUUCCUUCGCUUCCUCCUGGGUCUUUCCGUGCAGGCCAAUAAAUCUCUCCUACGAGACCUUCUGACAUGGACGGGAUGUUGCUCACGGAACAAUCAGAAAACAGUCAAGUAUAUCAAGAAGAAGAUCAAAAACAAUCUGUCCUUAGAAAAAAGCAUCAAUCUGUUCCACUGCCUGAAUGAACUGAAUGAUUGUUCUCUAAUUGAGGAGAUCCAACAGUCCCUGAGAUCAGGAAAUCUCUCCACAGAUAAACUGUCUCCUUCUCAGUGGUCAGCUCUGGUCUUCAUCUUACUGUCAUCAGAAAAAGAUUUGGAUGUGUUUGACCUGAAGAAAUACUCUGCUUCAGAGGAGACUCUUCUGAGGCUGCUGCCAGUGGUCAAAGCCUCGAACAAAGCUCUACUAAGUAGCUGUAACCUCUCAGAGAGAAGCUGCAAAGCUCUGUCCUCAGUUCUCAGCUCCCAGUCUUGUAAUCUGAGAGAAGUGGACCUGAGCAACAACAACUUGCAGGAUUCAGGAGUUAAGCUUCUGUGUGGUGGAAUGAAGAGUCCUCACGUUAAGCUGGAAAGCCUCCGACUGAGUGGUUGUGACCUCUCUGAGAAAAGCUGUGAAACUUUGUACACAGUUAUCGACUGCCAGCCGCCUAGUCUGAAAGAGCUAGACCUGAGCAACAAUGACUUGCAGGAUUCAGGAGUGAAAAUUAUGUUUGCUAGAUUGAAGAGUCAACAUUCUACACUGGUAAAACUCAGUAUAAGUGGCUGUAACCUCUCAGAGAAAAGCUGUGAAGCUCUGUCCUCAGUUCUCAGAAAACAGUUGUCUAAUCUGAGUGAGCUGGACCUGAGUAACAACAACCUGCGGGAUUCUGGCGUGAAACUUCUUUCUACUGGAAUGAAGAGCCAACACUGCAAACUAGAAAAACUCUGGCUGAGUGGCUGUAACAUCUUAGAGAGAAGCUGUGAUGCUCUGUCCUCAGUUCUCAGCUUCCAGAACUCCACUCUGAUGGAAUUGGACCUGAGUAACAAUGACUUGAAGGAUUUAGGAGCAAAGCCUUUGUUGGCUGGACUAGAGAGGCCAGACUGUGCACUGCAAACUGUCAGGUCUCAAAUUGCUGGGACAAACACCAUGUUUACCAUGGUGUCGCAGCUCCUCUUCUUUCCAAAACAGUUUGAAGACGACUGGGCAUCAAGAAUGUGUGGCUGUAACCUCUCAGAAAAGAUCUGUGAAACUCUGUCCUCAGUUCUCAGCUUUCAGUCAUCUGGUCUGAGAGAACUGGGCCUGAGUAACAACAAUCUGCGGGAUUCAGGAGUGAAGCUUCUGUGUGAUGGAGUGAGAAGUCAACAAUGUGUAUUGGAAAUUCUCAGUCUCUCAGGCUGUCUGAUCACAGAGGAAGGCUGUACCUCUCUGGCCUCAGCUCUGAGCUCCAACCCCUCCCGUCUGAUAGAGCUGGACCUGAGCUACAAUCAUCCAGGUACCUCAGGAAUGAAGCUGCUCUCAGCUGGACUGAAGGAUCCAGGCUGGAGACUGGACACCCUCAGGUAUGGAGAGAAUGUCUGA